GUUCUUUCAGUUUCCCAUUCAGAAGUACAAUAGAACUCAAAGAGCCCUCAUUCAUCGCUUCUCUAUUUCUCUUUCGCUCACAUGUACUGACCAGUACUGGUUUUCCACUUUUCUGUGGCGAAUAUCUUCCAAGAUCUCACCUUUGGAAUUCACGAGGUAAUUGUUUCGGAAUAACAUUAAGAAGAUGGAACACUCUGAGGAUAUUGGAGGUGAACAUCGGGAGAAACACGAUGAUGAGGAAGCUGUUGCUCGUCUUGAGGAAUUUAAGAAGUCCGUUGAAGCAAAAAUGGUCCUGCGACAGAGUAAUUUGAACCCUGAAAGGCCUGACUCAGGUUUUCUCAGGACAUUGGAUUCUAGCAUUAAGCGCAACACGGCUGUUAUUAAAAAACUAAAGCAAAUAACUGAGGAGCAGCGAGAAGGUUUGAUGGAUGAGUUACGUGGUGUCAACCUAAGCAAAUUUGUUAGUGAAGCAGUAACUUCAAUUUGUGAUGCGAAGCUUAAGACUGCAGACAUACAAGCUGCUGUUCAGAUCUGCUCUUUAAUUCAUCAAAGGUACAAAGACUUUUCUUCUAGUCUGGUUCAAGGUCUCUUGAAAAUUUUCUUACCUGGAAAGUCCACCGAGGACUUAGAUGGAGACAAAAAUUCAAAGGCCAUGAAGAAACGGAGCACACUAAAACUUCUAUUGGAACUUUACUUUGUUGGUGUUGUAGAAGAUAGCAGCCUCUUUACAAAUAUUAUUAAGGAUCUCACUAGCACGGAACAUUUUAAGGAUCGUGAUGCAACCCAGACAAAUUUAUCCCUUCUUGCUAGUUUUGCUCGACAAGGAAGAUAUCUUCUUGGACUGCCUCUGACUGGACAAGAUACGCUGGAAGAGUUUUUCCAGGGACUUAAUAUUACAGCCGAACAGAAAAAAUUCUUUAGAAAGGCAUUUCUAACCUACUAUGAUGCUGCUGUAGAACUACUUCAGGCAGAACAUGCAUCUCUCCGCCAAAUGGAGCAUGAUAAUGCGAAGAUUUUAAAUGCUAAAGGUGAACUGAGUGAAGAAAACGCCUCUUCAUAUGAAAAGCUGAGAAAAUCUUAUGACCAACUGUAUCGUGGUAUCUCUUCAUUAGCAGAAGCACUUGACAUGCAACCUCCUGUGAUGCCUGAGGAUGGUCAUACAACCAGGGUCACGUCAGGGGAGGAUGUUUCGUCUCCUGGUGUAGGCAAAGAUACUUCUUCUCUGGAAGCCUUGUGGGAUGACGAAGAUACUAGAGCUUUCUAUGAGUGCCUGCCAGAUCUCAGAGCAUUCGUUCCAGCUGUAUUGUUGGGAGAGGCAGAACCAAAGUUGAACGAGCAAUCUCCAAAGACUCAAGAACAACCUAGUGAUCUGACUGCUGAAUCAGAUAAAGGUCAGGUAGCUACUCAAGAUACUGCAGAGGUUUCUUCUGAUUCUGGAGCUUUACAGGAGGAUAAAGAUGGCAAAGGGAAGGAUAAAGAAGAAAAAGACAAAGAAAGGACCAAAGAACCUGACAAAGAGAAGGGAAAAGAAAAUGAUGCUGAAAGAAGAGGAGAAAAUGAAAAGGAUAAAGUUAAAGGUCUUGAAGGAACAAAUCUUGAUGCUUUGCUACAGAGACUUCCAAGCUGUGUGAGCCGUGACUUGAUUGAUCAGUUGACUGUAGAGUUUUGCUAUUUAAACUCGAAGGCCAAUAGGAAAAAGCUUGUGAGGGCUUUGUUCAAUGUUCCUAGGACAUCUCUUGAGCUAUUGCCGUACUAUUCACGAAUGGUCGCCACACUGUCAACUUGUAUGAAGGAUAUCUGUUCCAUGCUUUUACAGUUGUUGGAGGAAGAGUUCAACUUUUUAAUAAAUAAGAAGGAUCAAAUGAACAUCGAAACGAAGAUCAGGAAUAUACGUUUUAUUGGAGAACUUUGCAAGUUUAAAAUUGCAUCAGCAGGCCUUGUUUUCAGUUGUCUAAAGGCUUGUUUAGAUGAUUUUACUCAUCAUAAUAUUGAUGUUGCUUGCAAUCUUCUUGAGACAUGCGGUCGCUUCCUCUAUCGGUCUCCUGAGACUACUUUACGCAUGUCUAACAUGUUAGAGAUAUUGAUGCGCUUGAAAAAUGUCAAAAAUUUGGAUCCUCGUCAGAGCACUUUAGUGGAGAAUGCUUAUUACUUGUGCAAACCACCAGAAAGAUCCGCCCGGGUCUCUAAAGUUCGUCCUCCACUGCAUCAGUACAUUAGGAAACUUCUUUUUUCGGAUCUUGAUAAGUCUACGAUUGAGCACGUGCUGAGACAGUUACGUAAACUACCUUGGACUGAAUGUGAACCGUACAUUUUGAAGUGUUUCUUGAAGGUUCAUAAGGGAAAAUAUGGUCAGAUUCAUUUGAUUGCAUCCCUCACUGCUGGUUUGAGUCGCUAUCAUGAUGACUUUGCUGUUGCUGUUGUUGAUGAGGUUUUGGAAGAAAUCAGGCUAGGAUUAGAGUUGAAUGACUAUGGUAUGCAGCAACAACGGAUUGCCCACAUGCGUUUCUUGGGGGAAUUAUACAACUAUGAGCUUGUCGACUCAUCUGUUAUUUUUGAUACACUCUAUUUGAUUCUCGUUUUUAGCCAUGGUACUGCAGAGCAAGAUAUAUUGGAUCCACCAGAAGACUGUUUCCGCAUCAGGAUGGUUGUCACACUUCUUGAGACUUGUGGGCAUUAUUUUGAUAGAGGUUCGUCAAAGAGGAAACUUGAUCGUUUUUUAGUACAUUUCCAGAGGUACAUAUUAAGCAAAGGUGCACUGCCCCUGGAUAUUGAGUUUGACUUGCAGGAUUUAUUUGCUGAAUUACGCCCCAACAUGAUUCGAUAUUUAUCAAUUGAAGAAGUUAAUGCUGCACUAAUUGAACUUGAAGAACAUGAGCUUAGAGUUUCAUCUGAGAAGGCUCACAAUGAUAAGCAUUCAGAUGCAGAAAAGCAUCGUAGAAGGACUUCAUCUGGCGCUUUAUCUGUGAAUGGACAAAUCCUUGCAAAUGGCAUGGAGGAAAAUGUUGAAUUGCAUGAAGAGUUUGCAGGGGAGACUGAUAGUGAAUCUGGGAGUGGCACUGAGCACGUUGAUAAUGACGAAGAGUCAGAUGAAGAUAAUGAUGGUGAAAGUGAUGAUGACUAUGAAGAUGGAGGUGAACCAGCUUCUGAUGAGGAUGAUGAAGUGCAUGUCAGGCAGAACGUGGCAGAAGUGGACCCUCAGGAGGUAGCUGAUUUUGACCGAGAACUUCGUGCUCUAAUGCAGGAGAGCUUGGAUUCCCGAAAAUUGGAGCUGCGAUCACGACCUACAUUAAACAUGAUGAUACCAAUAAAUGUGUUUGAGGGCGCCACCAAGGAGCAUCAUGGGAGAGGGGUUGAAGGAGAAAGUGGUGAUGACACUACAGAUGAAGGGACUGGAGGAACAAAGGAGGUUAGGGUAAAGGUCCUUGUGAAGCGGGGGAACAAACAACAAACAAAGCAAAUGCAAGUUCCUCGGGAUUGGGUCCUGGUACAGAGCACAAAGCAGAAAGAAGCGGCUGAGCUUGAAGAAAAACAAGAUAUCAAAAGGCGUGUCCUAGAAUACAAUGAUAGAGAAGAGGAGGAACUCAGUGGAGGGACCCAACCAUCUGGGUGGACACCGAGUGGUGGAGGUAGAGUUGUGAACCGCGGCCACACAUGGGAAGGGCAUGGUCGAGCUUCUGGAUCGCGUCAUCGGAAUUUAUAUCAUUCUGGUGGUGGGCAUUAUUACGGUAGAAGAAAGUGAGAGUCAAGUAAUAUUACUAAGUUGUAGACAUCUUCUCUUGCAGCAGUCCCUUAAGUUCUUCCUCACUAGCAACAUGGGUACAUACUUCUAACAACCAAGAUGGCACUAUCAUGAUGAUAGGCCAUUUUAUUUUUGGCCAAGGGAGUUUCUCGUGUUGUACAGGACAAGGAUGACUGUCUAUCUCAGUAUGCUAGUAGGUUGUGGAUUGGAAAGUUCAUUGUUGCUUUUUCGAAAAAAGGUAUGAAGGCGAAUACUUUAUAGCAUUAUUGUGAUGAUUAUUCUUAAUGUCUGGUUUUUAUAGCUACUACUCAUACAGCUUUUGAGCUUACAUGAAUGAAUCUUAGAUAUGUAGGGUU